AUGAACGUCUUGCUACAGCCAUCCCAUCCGUCGUCAUUCUCAGAGUUCCCUCAACAUUACGACCACACCCCAAUUUCCCCACACGCCCAAGCCUCAAGAAUGAGCACUAGAAAGCGGAAAGCCGACGACGAUGGCCUCGACGAAAACAUGUCCAUCUCGCCCCAAAACUCCCCCGCUUUUGCUUCUCGACCUCUUGCUCGCCCUGCAAAGAAAGUUAGAGCCAACGAGGUGACUGGCCGUCCUCUUGCCCUUCCCCGCCUCCUCGAAACCCUCGAUGCACAAUCUCUGCGAAAUGUUCUCCAAACAAUAUGUGAACGACACCCACAAAUCGGUGCAGAGGUUGUGUCGUCAGCACCUAGGCCCUCUAUUACCGCAACACUCGAAGUUCUCUCUCAAUAUCAAGAGAAGCUACGAGAAGCCUUCCCAUUUGGCGGCAAUUCUAGUUCCGAUUAUGCCUACAACCGUGUCAAGCAACCUUUGGUAGAUCUGAUCGGCGCUUUGACCGACUUUACACCUCACUACCUCCCUCCGAACGAGAAUCAAACAACCAUCUCCCUCAACUUCCUCGACAGUGCAACGAAAGUGGUCCACGAUCUCCCUGAAUGGGAUAGCCAGUCACACAAAUACCACAAGGAUAACGCAUAUGAUGAGAUCUCGAGGGCUUGGGCAUUGGUAGUCAGCGAGGCAUCAAAGAAAGGUGGUGGGUUUCAGUUGCACUCGGGAGGAUGGGACCAGAGGCUUGCAAAGCACAAUGAGCAGAGUGGAGGGCGCAUGCAGGUUGCUGUAAAUGCUCUUGGAUCAAACCUUGGUUGGAUGGGUGGAAACGCGAGCACGGGCUCGGGAGAUCGUGAAUCCAUCCGCAACCAGUUAUUGUCUGGCAGUUAUGGUACGAAUAUGCCUGUCCAGGUGGGGCGUUGGUAG